AUGGGAUACGCUUUAUCAGAGUCACACAGACAAUUAACUGAAGGUCAUUUAAAGGACACUGACCCCGAAGUUGACCAAAUUAUCAAAGAUGAAGUUGAUAGACAAAAGCACUCGAUUGUGUUGAUUGCUAGUGAGAAUUUUACCACUACUGCGGUUUUUGACGCCUUGGGAACCCCCAUGUGUAAUAAAUACUCGGAAGGGUAUCCAGGAGCUAGGUACUAUGGUGGUAACGAACAUAUUGACAAGAUGGAAUUAUUAUGUCAAGAGAGAGCAUUAGAAGCUUUCCACUUGACCCCAGAUAAAUGGGGUGUUAAUGUACAAACGUUGAGUGGAUCACCAGCAAAUUUGCAAGUUUAUCAGGCUAUUAUGAAACCCCAUGAACGUUUAAUGGGAUUGGAUUUACCUCAUGGUGGUCAUUUAUCUCAUGGUUAUCAAACUGACCUGAGAAAAAUUAGUGCUGUGUCUACUUACUUCGAGACUAUGCCAUAUAGGGUCAAUUUGGAAACUGGAUUGAUUGACUAUGACAUGUUGGAGAAAACUGCUGUUUUAUAUAGACCAAAGGUUUUGGUUGCUGGUACAAGUGCUUACUGUAGAUUGAUUGAUUACAAGAGAAUGAGAGAAAUCGCCGACAAGGUUGGUGCUUAUCUUGUUGUUGAUAUGGCACAUAUUUCUGGAUUAGUUGCUGCUGGAGUCAUUCCAACACCAUUUGAAUAUGCUGAUAUUGUUACUACCACAACUCACAAAUCACUUAGAGGACCAAGAGGAGCCAUGAUUUUCUUCAGAAGAGGUGUUAGAUCAGUUAAUCCAAAAACUGGACAAGAGAUUUUGUAUGACUUAGAAAACCCAAUCAAUUUCUCCGUUUUUCCUGGUCAUCAAGGUGGUCCACACAAUCACACCAUUGCCGCUUUAGCAACUGCCUUGAAACAAGCAAAUAGUAAGGAAUUCAGGGAGUAUCAAGAACAAGUUUUGAAAAAUGCUAAAGCUUUAGAAGAAGCAUUCACUAACAAAGGUUAUAAGUUAGUUAGUGACGGUACCGAUUCUCACAUGGUUUUAGUUUCACUUAAAGAUAAGCAAAUUGAUGGUGCAAGAGUCGAAACAGUUUGUGAAAAGAUCAAUAUAGCUUUGAAUAAGAAUUCGAUUCCUGGAGAUAAAUCAGCUUUGGUUCCAGGUGGUGUUAGAAUUGGGGCACCAGCAAUGACAACCAGAGGAUUGGGUGAAGAUGAUUUUAAGAAAAUCGUUGACUACAUUGACUUUGCAGUCCAAUAUGCAAAACAAACUCAACAGGAUUUACCCAAAGAUGCCAAUAAAUUGAAAGAUUUCAAGAAUAAGGUAUUGAAUGGCUCUGAUGAAGCUUUGGAGAAGAUCAAGCAAGAAAUUUCCGACUGGGCUGGCUCCUUCCCAUUAGCUGUUUAA